CUAUUCAUUCGUGCUUCUUCUAGUUUUACACAUUUGUUUUACGUAAAAAGCCGCACAGCUGGUUGAAAUACAUCUCCUAAUUUUAGUAACCUACUAAUAUUUGUCAAUAAAAAUCCAUAUUAAAAAAAAUAAUGUCACGAAAUAUAUAUCGUUUGAUGAACAACUGUAGUAGAACACUGGUUUUUCAAGCACAUGCUUGUCCAUCGAAGUUGAUAAACUCACCGGCCAAUCAUAUACAGCGACGUUUUGCUGCCACAGACCCUACAAAAGGCAAGGGUCCGAUUUCGUGGAAGAGCUUAGCUUUUAUUGGUGGUGCCGGUGCAAUCGGUCUAGGUUUUAUGUUGUACGUAAAGAAGGAAAAAGAGGAGGCAAUAAUGCGCGAACGAAAAAGGCAAUUGGGUAAAGCGGCGAUUGGUGGCUCUUGGGAACUUACUGAUUCGGAGGGUAAGGUACGCAAGUCGGAAGAUUUUCUAGGGAAGUGGUUGCUGAUUUAUUUUGGAUUUACACAUUGUCCGGAUAUAUGCCCCGACGAAUUGGAAAAAAUGGCAGCGGUGGUUGAUGCGAUAGAAAAGUCACCACAAACUCCAGAAAUUCAACCGAUUUUCAUUACUGUGGAUCCGGAACGUGAUACCAAAGAAAUUGUUGGCAAAUAUGUGAAAGAAUUUUCACCAAAGUUACUGGGUCUUACCGGUACUGUUGAUCAAAUACGAAAGGUUUGCAAAGCAUUCCGUGUUUACUUUAGCGCUGGUCCACGCGACGUUGACAACGAUUAUAUUGUGGAUCACACUAUCAUUAUGUACCUAGUUAAUCCCGAUGGCGAAUUUGUGGACUAUUAUGGUCAAAAUCGCGAUAAGGAUCAAUGUAUAAGUUCGAUAUUAGUAAACAUCACCAAAUGGAAUAAUUUGAACAAAAAGUCUUGGUUUGGUUAAGAUCAUAAGGAAUUGUAGUAAGAUUUUGUUCUGAGUUGUAUUAUUAAAUGAAAAUAUGUUUAAUUAA